AUGAGAAGGAAGGCUUUGUGGAAUGAUCUAAGCCGCUCAAUUCCUAUCCGGGAGGAUCCUUGGAUGGCAAUUGGAGAUUUUAAUGCCAUUCUCUCUUCCGAUGAUAAGAAGGAGGUCAUAUCACAGGUCACAGAUGAAAUUUUGAUUCGUAAGGAGUUGGAAAAUGUUCUUCAUCAUGAGGAAAUGUUAUGGAAGCAGAAAUCCAGAUGCGAGUGGCUGACAUUGGGAGAUCGUAACACAAGUUAUUUUCAUAGACGCACUGUUCAGAGGAGGAAUUUUAAUAAAAUCACUGCUCUACGUGAUACCGAUGGUGACUGGAUUUUUGAUCCUGAGAUCCUCAAGACUGAAGCGGUUAGGUUUUUCCAAAAGCUUUAUGGGGAGAAUCCAGGACUGCUUGGAACUAUGCCUUCCAGUGCUUUUCCUAUUCUCAGCACUGAAGAUGCUGAUUUUCUUGGAAGGAAUGUUACGAACGAGGAAAUAAAGGUUACUCUUUUCAAUAUGGCACCAUUGAAAGCCCUAGGUAGCGAUGGUUUUUAG